CAUUGUAUCUGUUCAAAGGCUUUUAGUUGGUCUGUAUAUGUGCAGUAGUUCACCGACCUCUGAUGUCAGUGGCAGGAGAUGGGCAUGCAAGAGUUACUCCUGUCAGUCAACAGGCAGCAGGAGACAAGGAAGGAUGUAGGGAGAGAUUAAAUGAGAGAGUGGCAGGGGGCAGAGAGAAAAGAGAGAGAGCUACACACACACACACACACACAGAGAGACAGGGAGAAGCAGUUAAUUCACCAUCAGGAGUGAUGGCCUGCAUGCCUGGUUAGCAUAUUUCUGUGGCUGUCUGUAAUAAACACUUACCAUGGAGGGGAGAAACGAGAAGUUGUUCUCCAGGAAAAGAAGUUUCACAUUCGGCGCUUACGGAGGGAUUGACAAGUUCAUCACUGGAAAUGAGAGCAGCUGUGCAGAAUCUGUGGGUCACAGCAUACUGGAUAUUUUGGAUUCCCCCUCCAGUGAGGCUAAGCCACUCACUUCUGCACCGUCCAGUCAGAAGGUCACGGAGUUGUUUGCAAUCAUUGAAAAGCUACAGGGUAGCAGAUUGGACGAACAGCGUUGUGAGUUCCCACCACCUCUGAGGACACGGCUGUUAAAGAUUGGAGAUGGCUUACCUCUCAUCCUGCCCCCUAAAUCUGGAGGUUAUUGGAUCGACCCUCCCCUGGAUAGACAUGUGGAGACCAGUCCUACUCUCUCACAGGGGGGCUUUGGUCUGGAGAGCUACGACAUCAUGGAGAGAGACAGUGAAGCUAAAGUCUAUCAGGAAUUCUUCCGCCACAGAUAUCAUCAUUCAUUCACUGCCUGUGACCCCUCUCUUGGGCCCCUAGUUUUGUCUGUUUGUCUUGAGGAAGAGGAAAAUCGCCUGAGAGUCAUUUUGAGGAUGAAGGAGUGCUCAAUUCAUGGCACAUUCUCUGUUUCUCUCUUUCAACAAUUCCCCACGGCAGUGGAGCUGGCAAAGAUGCUGUGCUCAAGUGUCAGCGUCACAUGUUUUGAGGCUGUGAGUUACUUAAAGGCCCCAGAGAUCAUAAUGGCAUUUGAUGAACACAGAGUGUCUCAAAAUUUUAAAUUUGGUGUCUUAUACCAGAGAGAAGGACAGUUAACAGAGGAAGAUAUUCUUAGUAACAAUGAGGAAAGUGAGGAGUUUUUGGAGUUUUUAUCAAUACUUGGGCAGACGGUCAAACUGCAAGGAUUUACUGGUUUCAGGGGAGGUCUGGAUGUGUCUCAUGGCCAGACAGGAAAUGAAGCAGUUUUCACCUCCUUCCAUGGACGUGAGAUUAUGUUCCACGUUGCCACUAAACUACCUUUCACAGAAGGAGAUACACAACAGUUGCAGAGAAAGAGACACAUUGGGAAUGAUAUUGUUGCCCUUGUCUAUCAGGAGGGCAACACUCCCUUCAUUUCGGAUGUGAUCAGAUCCCACUUCUUGCAUUGUUUCAUUGCAGUGAGGAGGAUAAAGAGAGAGAAUGAGGGAGAGGGGGGAGAUGGGGGAUCAUUUCAGGUAUCUGUCACCGCUAGAGAGGAUGUACCCCCGUUUGGCCCACCCCUUCCUACACCGCCCAUUUUUACAGAGGGCUCAGUUUUAAGAGAGUUCCUCUUGACCAAACUUAUAAAUGCUGAAAUAUCUUGCUACAAGGCUCUGAAAUUCAGUCGACUGGAGUUACGAACACGUUCAUCUCUUUUGGAAGCACUGCGGUCUGAACUGUCUUCCCGAUCCCAAUGCAUGUUGGGAGAGCCGUCACAGCCCAGCAUCCCCCUUACUGAAGGGGGGAGGAGUGUUCAGGAGGGUGGAGGAGGAUUCAUUGAGAACUUUAAGAGAGCUAUUAGGGUGCGAAGCCAUUCGUUCGAUACCUUGGGAGUACCAAAGAAGGCAGGUGGUGUAGCAGGGCAGCGACCAAAGGAUGGUGAGAGCGAGCAGACAAGCAACGUGGGCUACACUGAGACAAGAGGUCAAACCAGUCCCCAGGACGACUUAUAGAUGGAUGUCACUAAUUCUGAGGCCUAAGCACAAAAAAGCCUUCCACAGACUUCAAGAUACAUUGAAGAGUGCAAAGCACAAUAAAGUAAAUAGAUAUUUUAAUUAAAAAUUUGUGUAUUAAGGUAAGUUGUUACUAGCUACAAGUGCAAUCAGAAAGAUAUGAAUAUAUGUUUCAUAAACUGUAUUUUAUCAUUUGAAUGUCUUUGAAGUGGCAUAGUUUAGAUUUGAUGGCUGCUUAUAGCUGAUGUAUCCCAGUGAAGGUGGGUUUCAUUUCUGGAAUUUAACAAACUCAUUUUUCUGUAAUUUAUCCAGUAAACUGUGAUUAAAUAUUUGUGUAUUUUAAAUACAUUUCAGCUCACAAUGAGUGAAAAAAAUAAACCUGAUUAGCCAUCUCUUCUGUUAUUCAGUUUUCUAUCCACCUUAUUUUUAAUGCAUGUACAAGGUCCUUGUC